GCCGCUGCAGCCGUCCCCAAGAUACACCCUCCCCCCGAGGCAAGCGCGCAAUCCCCCGGCGGUCUGGACUGGAUCCCGCCAGCACCACCAGCCGCAACCUCGUCCGUCCGUGUCCAUCUCGGCGAGACCAAGGGCGCGCCUCGUGGCCGUCGCCCGGCGUUGCUACUCCGGCCGCCUGGCCUUCGUUCUCCAGGGCGGGACUGCGCCGGGAGCUUCAAGGAGUUCAACCCCAACAACAUCCGUGACACCUUCCGUCUCCUGCUCCAGAUGGGCAAUGUCCUCAUGUUCGGCGGCCAGGUCCCCGUCGUCAAGUAGAUGGGACGGAUGGCUGGCCAGUUUGCCAAGCGAGGUCUGAUAACUUUGAAGAGAAGGACGGGGUUAAGCUGCCCAGCUACAAGGAGACGACGUCAAUGGCGACGCGUUCGACCUGCAAGUUUGUAGCAGAGUUUUGUUGCGGUGCCUGUAGUCGUUGUCCUCUUUAAAUACCCCCUGUUGAAUUUCUUCCACAUAUCUCCUUAUCACGGCAAAGCAAGUGAUAGGUUGCUGGUUUUAUAUACUAUUAUGUUGCUAUUACUAGGGCGAUCUUUAUCCAGUGAAUCUUAUGAAAGCUUCUCCAUGAAUCGAAUUCUUGAUACUCAUUGGGGUGCCAUGACUGAUAGUGAUGUAAGUUCUUGCAUGCUGAAAAUUACUGGCAAGAGUCCUGAAGUGUACUUAAACACUAAAAUUGUUAAAAUUUGUUUGCAUUGAACUACAAUUGCAACUUUAAUAUCCAUUUACUUUGUCGAUCCUUGUGAAUGAUUCCCUGGAACUUUUCGCCGUCUCUUAUCCGGCAUUUUUCUAUCUCACUGUCUAAUGCGUUGGCGAGACUAAUUAGAUGCAUUAGUGAUUUUCUUUAGAAGCAUCACUACUAAUGUUUUGGAAGCAUGCCCACCAUGAUUUGUAAAAAUGACAUGCUGAAUGUGCUAUCUGGAUUAGUAAUGCAUCUUCUUAUUUCACCCAGAGUAAUUCUGUUUAGUUACAUCUUUGCACAUAUUUUAGUGUUUCUUGCUUUCACCGGUUGAUUUGUUUCUAUGAGUUACUAAGAGCUACUCUGUAUUUUGUUCCUAUUGAUGUACAAGUUAUACUGAUGAAACUUCGGUUAUCAAGGAUGUACCAUAUAUCUACUGAGUAAUGCUAAUAGUUUGCUCUUUGUUGUCCAAUACUUCUAAAUAUGGAUUGGUUGCUCCACUUCAUGUGACUCCGUGAGAGGUGGGAUUAGAUUUCCUGUUCAGUUUAUGUGUUUCAAGAAAGAUAUUUGGAUAAUUUGAGAUUGUCAUUUAUAUUUGGAUGUUCAUUCUUCUCCGCGGGUAUAUUCCCACAUUGAAAUGGAUUAUUGCUAUGAUUCGGUUGAUUCAGACAUAUUGUAUCUUGAAUGGCUUUCACCGCUGGGCAAAUCAAGCGAUGGAAGAUCCAUGGCACUUGUGAUGUUAUCUGCUACUCAUUUGCGGGCCUUGCAGUUGUCGUUCUCAUGGCUCUGCCAUUCGCGUUUAUGCAGGGUGAGCUCUCAUCUGUUUGUCUGUUUACUUGGUCGUUCGUAGAGAAUAUAUUUCUGGUGCUUUGUCUUGGUUGAUAGCGUAUUCUGCUCUUGCGUUCUUACUAUCAAGGAGAUGGAUAGAUAUAGAUUCUAGGCAUGUCCUUGGCCCUGCAAAGUAGUUUUUUUGCCUUCCAUGCUUUAUUGGGUACCUUGCUCUUUUCCACAGUUGGUCAGGAGACAAAUAUAGCAUCAAAUUGGGUAGCAGAAAAUAAUAUUUGUUCUUUUACAAGGAUUACAGUGUGUCCUAUCGUCAUCUGGUUUCAGAGCCUGUCAGAUUGGUUUCCAGUUUAUGCUUCUUAGGUUCUGCGGAUAACUAUGGAGCAAUGGAAAUUCUUUGCUCCACUGAUGAAUGCAUGCACAAAAGUUUUGUUCCCUCAUUUAUUUUUCUGUGCAAUUCAUGAUUUAUUGCCUGGUGGUGUGCAUUCAUGUUACCUUUUUGGAUUGUUCUUUGGUGGUUGAUACAGAUGCAAAAGAAAAUUUGAAAAGUUGGACCAAUGAUAUAGUGCUUGCUAAAAACAACAACUCUAAAUAAUUGUUGCAGGUUAUUUGUGAGGAUAGACCCAAAACUUCUUUCUACAUCUAUACCUUCAUGUUCCUUGUUAAAAGUGUCUUCAAGAAAUGCCAUCCGUUCACUUAUUUCUUUGCUCUUGGCCUUUUCUUCAUUUACAUGUACUCACUGAAACCUGACAUGGCAUGUGUAGCUGAGGAGGCGAGCCAUCAGUGUGAGUUUCAGGAAGAGAUGACAACACAAGUGAUCUUGAUUGGUAACAUGUUUGGAAUUGUUGUGCAUGCAUGGUACGAACAUGUGCAACACUAAGAAAACCAAAACAAAAGUGAGCUUGUGGUUUGCGGUGUUUUCCCUCUGAAUUUUCUCAUUAGUAUGUCCAGAAAGGCAUAUUAGUGGAAGAGCAUACAAGAAAACCUUAACAUGUUAGGAACUUUUUCAUGUACUAGAAGGUUGUUGUACAGAAAUUUUCUUCUGAAACCAUCUCAUAAUCUUAGAUUUCCCAUUAGUUGGUUGUUGGUCAGUUCUAAAACUAUCUGUACAUUUUCCCAAGGAAUUUGUUUUCUUAUAGUUCAUUGAUUAUUUUGGAUUAACUGAAUGUGAUCUUCCCAAUCUAAUAUAUGUACUUUUAGCUCUAAGGACUAGCAAGAGUUAAUGAUGCAGGUUGUGAUUGUGAAUGAAGUACCGGUUGUUGCUAAUUUCAUAUUUUUGUUUGCACAACUCAGGUGUUUGAUGCAUUUCUUCUCCUGAAAAGGGAUAAGUAUCUGAGGGAAUCUACUUGGCUUUCAGUCUAUGAAUAUUUAGAUCAAUAUAUUUUAAGGUCAUAUCGGAUCGAGUGAUAGCAGAGGGUCUCAGGCCUGAUGAAUCGAAUUUUGACGUGGGACCAGUUUUUGUGAUGUCCAGCUCAUCGUCCACUGAGGCACCGCAGAAGAUGAUCCAAGGCAAAGUUAGGCAUCUUCCUGUAGUGUGGUCAUUGCCAUGUUGGACACUGCCAUUCCUCUGUGAUGCAAUUUCAAGAAUGGAAAAGGUAGCAGAACAAGGCAGUGCUAUAGCAACUGCUGUGGAAGGGGUCGAUGGGUAAAUAGAUUUGCAGAUAGCCUUUUCCAGUUUCUCAAGGCCACCCAUGACAUAUUCUAUUCAGGCCUCUUUGAUUAACUAGCUGAUGUUAUAUUUUGGGUCCUUCAGGUUCUCAUAGAAAAUCUUUGAGAUCAUAUGUUCAAGCCUUCCUUGUUUGUCCACUAUCAUGAUUGAAAAUAGCAGGCGCCCGCUGCUCACGUCUGGCGGCGGAUGCGAUGGUUUCCUUCGACAUGAAUGACCGCAGGAAUUCUAGAUUGUCUAGGAACUGGGAUUUGGGCAAGCAGAUUGGUGAUCAACAGUAGGGAUGUGCAUAAGCCCUUUGGGGACAAGCGUGUACUGCAAGGCGUCAGCUUCAAGCAGGGAUUUUUCAAGAUAUCUUGGAGGUUGUAACGAGAGAUAUAAUGGAGGACCAACUUCCUAGCUAGAAGAGACGCAGCCAUUUGUCUUGACGAACAAGGCAUAUUUUAGCAUCGCUUUGUUGGGAGGAAAGGCAUAGAAACCAACAAGAAAAUGGCCAUGUGCUGCGAGUUGUCUUGAAGAAGAAGAAACAUUUAUCCUGCAAGGAAUCACGCCUUGUGAUUGGAAGAGGAAAGGCCUAGGAUACCAGCAAGAAACAGAGUCGAGAGAGGCGGCAAAGAUGGCGGAGGCCGUCAUCGGGGCGCUGGUGGGGAAGCUGCAGGAGCUGGCGAUGAGCGAGGCGCGGGCAAUGGUGGCGGUGAACGAAGACAUACGGAGCCUCCGGGACAAGCUCAUGUGGAUGCAGGCCUUCCUCCGCGACGUCGAGCCACGGCGGCGCCUGCAGAAUGACGAGCUCAUCAGGGUGUGGCUGCAACAGACCCGCAGCGCGGUCUUCGACUCCGAGGAUGCCGUCGACCAGUAUAUCCUCCAGGUCGACCUCUCCAGAUACCCAAGUUGGACUCGUGCUACCCUCAAGUUCUUUGCCAGCUUCACCACACAAGUGCGCGUGCGGCGCAAUCUUUCUAGCAGGAUCAAAUCAAUCAAUACAAGGCUAGAAGGCAUCAUCGCGAACAAGGACAGAUACAAAAUUGAGGAUGCAUCUGCUGUGUCAGUUGUGACCUGGAGACCAUCCGCUGACACCUUUACUAGUACCGAGAAGAUGGAUAAAAUUGUGCUACCAAUUGUGGCACGACAGACGCAGCUAGAUGAUCUGAAGAAAUAUUUAGAGGCAGGAACUGACACAACAAGACCAGAAGUGAUCUAUGUGAUAGGCAAGAGUGGUGUGGGCAAGACAAAGCUUGUGAGGAACAUGUACGAGGAGUACUGGACCAAGAAUCACUUUGAUGUGCAGGCUUGGGUGAGCUUUGCACCAAAUCUAAGUGCCUCCAACAUCCUGAAGUUGAUCAUUCAGCGUUUGAAAGAAGACAAUGUUACAUGCUCCAGAGGGGAGGCCCGUAAGAAUCUAAAGGAAGAGUUAGAAAAGGGAAAGUACUUGCUGGUUAUAGAUGGUGAAGUCAGCAGCACAGAGUGGAAAAGCAUACUAAAUGACCUUCCAGACGGCAUGGCCGGAAGCAAGGUAGUGCAAAUCACACAGACCAAACCAGAAUCAUCACCUUCGACCUUGCAGCCCAUUGAACUUGAGGAUCUCAAUGAAGAUGAGGCCACCAACCUAUUCCUAAAGACACUUUUCAUGAAGGAGAAAGGUAAAAAGUACUGGAAAGCUGUGAAGGAGGCUGUCGGAAAGAACCACUACGGAAAAGACAUCUUUGAGAUUACAGGUGGUCUGCCACUUGCAGUUGUCCUUCUAUCUGGCCUUUUAAGAACCAAGGAGUAUCCUGGAGAAUGGGAGAAAGUGUUUGACUACCUCAAGAACAAGGCCAUUCAAUGGAAGCGCCUCGACAGCGUAUUAUCCAUGUGCUUUGAUGACCUCCCACAUGAUAUGAAAUCUUGCUUCUUGUAUUUUGCCGCCUUGCCUGUGAACACACUUAUCAGGGCACGCAGCUUAGUGUGCAUGUGGAUGGCAGAGGGAUUUCUGAGACCAAAAGAUGGCAAGCAAAUGGAGAAGGUGGGCGAACAGUACUUGAAAGAGCUAAUUGCAAGGCGGCUGGUGAACCUUGCACCAAUGGAGUAUGAAGCUUCUGGAGAUGAGCGUGUGGCCGUUCAGACAAAAGUCCAUGACUUCUUGCUUCAUGAGGCGCAAGAGGCAAGCUUCGUGGAGGUCCAUGGUGGGGAUGACAUCCCUAUACUGUCCAAUGCACGCCGCCUUUCCCUCCAGAAUCAUAGGGACAAGUAUGCUGCUCUCGCCAACUAUUUGCCCAAGCUGCGGUCCAUCUUGUCAAACUUUGAAGAAGAAGUGGAGGCUAGGAAGGAAGAAGACCAGCUAGGUACCGUGGAGAAGGAAGAAGACCCGCUGGGUACCGAGGAGAAGGAAGAAGAGAAGCAAAACCAACAAGCAUGCCCUUGCUCCAUCACUCAGCCCGCGGCCGACUCCAAGGAGAUCAUACUCAUCAAGUCUGCCAUACGGCAACUCCUGCAAGGAUCUGAGUACCUUCGUGUCAUCAACCUGCAUGGCCUUGAGAUUGGAGACACCCUACCAUCUGAUAUUGGAAAUGUGGUGCACUUGCAAUACCUCGGCAUCACCUCCUGCUCUUUGAAGCAGAUACCACCAUCAAUUGGAAAGCUCACUGGCCUCCAAACACUAGAUGUCCGAGACACCGAAGUCACGACACUCCCCGAGGAGUUCUGGAAGAUUCAGAGCCUGCGACAUGUGUUUGGCUUCCUCGUCCUUCCAAGGCGAGUCGGGCGCCUAACGCAGUUGCAGACUCUGGAGAGCAUAGAGCCAGAUCAAGUUCAUGGCUGGGGUAGAAGAACCCUGGAGAAGAUGUUACACCUUCAGUCCUUGUACAUAUGGAAGCUCCCCGAAAGAAAUGCUAAUGCCUUGACUGCUGUCUGCAAACUCAAGUACCUCAUGCUCCUAAGCAUAGAAGGUGAAAGCAUUACCUCCAAUUUGUUCACUCUUUCCAACCUUCCGCGACUCCAGGAAAUGAGACUAAAGGGGGUGAUUGUGCCGCCAACACUGCCAGAGAGCAGUGGCUUCUAUCUCCCAAACUUGACAAAACUGUCUUUGGAGCAGACAAAGGUGACGAAAGAGUUCAUCAAUAAGCUAGGUAAACUUCCCUUUCUUGCCACUCUUGCCCUAAACCAUGACUCCUAUGAAGACAAAGAUCACCAUCUUGUAUUCACAAGUGGGUUCCAAAGUCUCAAGGAGUUGGUACUGGAUGUGGCGUUGAAGAAGAUCGAGAUAGGGGAGUCAGUGUUUCCUCAGCUUAUGGUUCUGGAGGUUUUCAGCUACUCAGAUGAUAUUUGUGCCGUCAUUCAUGGUAACAGAUAUAACAUUCGAAAGCUAAUCAAGGCAAAUGGUGUCCCUAUUGUGGUUGAUAUCCUAUCCUAGAUGAAGGCCCGUGCAUCAACAAGGGAAGCUGUUGGAAGUCAAUUAUGAGGUUUAUAACAUGUGCAUGCGGUGUGCCUACAGUUGGUGUAAAUUUGUAAUUUGUUGAUCGUGUGUGUGCCUCUUCCUGUCUAUGUAUAACGUUGUGUGUACGCGUGGUGAUUGUAGCUAGGCUUGUGAUGGCUCAACACUGCAACCAGCAUUUCAAUACCACCUAUAACUACGUAAUAAAGUGGCCAAAAACUGGUUGACAAUCCUGUUAAAUGUAAAUGUAUGAUUGAGGACGUUAAAUGAAAAUGGAUUAUAUAGUCUUUCACAUUUGAUCCUAAA